AACAGAAAGAGAGGCAGAGAGGACAAUACGUUGCUGGUCUUGCCUCAGUCAGUGUUUGGCUGUAAGAGAGAUGGAGGCAGCCAGCCAGCAGAGUCUCAAACAACAGAAAGAGGAGGAUGUCGGGACUAGUUUGUUUCACCAUUUUAUGGCACAGAGGAGACUUUUGAACCCUGAAGAUGAGAUGAAGUUCCUGUUACACCGGUUGGUAGUCAUCGCCAGCCUCCCCCAGCCACUCGCCGACAGGACAGACUUGGGAGUGCACUACGAGGAACUGAACCAGCGCUUGCAGAAGUAUUACCAAGGUGACAGUAUCACAGGCUUGCUUUUGCUGUAUCCAACCUGCAUGCUCCACGUCAUUGAGUCUUCCAGCGAGGUUCUGGUGUCUGUUCUGCAGGACCUGACCAGCAUGCAGGAUCUGCCUCAGGGCGCCCUGAUCGAGGCCCCCAAGGUGCUGAUGAUGUCACAUGACCUUCCCAGCCGUCUUUUCCAGCAGUGGAGCUACAAAGUGCUGAAUGUACAGGCCAGGACUCUGAAUGACGCGUCCGGGGAGGAGGUCACAGAAGCGCUGAUCAGGAUUGUGCUGUCCCUGCUGCUCAAGCUGGGAGAUCACCAUCAAAAAGCAAACAAGGGCUCUAAGACGCCUCCAGGGUCUGUGCUGGAUGAGGUUCCAGACUUGAUCGUUCCUCAGGAUGUUCUUACCCAGCUGCUGAGCAGAAGGGAGCUCCUGAGCUCCCAGCAGUACCUGCAGACCUACCACUCACCUGUCAGUGUCCUCAUGGACUCUGGGCACGUGUUUGGAAGCAGUCGACCAACCACAGUUUAGUUUCAUGGCCGAAAGGUCAAAGAGAGUGUCUGGCCUCCACCAGAGCACUUGAUAACUGUCUGAAUUAUGGCUCCUGAGAAAGGAUUGUGGAUGUAGCCUGUGUUUGUUGUGUCUAGUCUAUCGUAACUUUCUCUGUAAUUAACGUGUACAGCACAGUCACAACCGAUUGGCAAGCAAAAAACCAAAUGUAUUGUUUCGUAAUAUAUAAUGGUUAUAAUGAUCACGGAUGGCAGUACUUAAUAUCAUCACUGCAAUGCUUGUUAAUCAGAUCAUUCAUAACUGUUUAGCAGGACACUGUAUUUCUUAUUCGUCACAUUUACUUCUUUACACAUGGGAGGAUUUAAUAUACACACCAGAAGAAAAAUACAGUCAGAAUUUAAAAAAUGGUUUUUAAUAGUUUGAACAUUCUGAUGAGGAUUGUUUCGGAUCUUACAGUACACACUGUGUUCCACUUGGUGACAGAGGACAUGUCCAUGUAAAUACCUCCCCUCCUUAUCGAGUCAUUAAAAGAGGGUCUCAAAUGCCAUCACAGUUUGACACAGUUUGACAAAUAUCCUAAAUGUCUCUAAGUCACCCAGUACUUCCCUUUUACUGUAUUUUGGCCCCCAUUACUUAAACAUAAACUAUGCAAAAGCGAUGAAUGUAAGAUGGACUUGUUUAUCAAACAAUAGCUGCAUGCACCACAGUGUUAGACCAUACAAAUGCUCAUACAGGCAAACUUGGUAUUGUGGAGUUUGAUGUCUGGCUGAUAGGCAGACAUUUCUUCAUAAGAAAUUAGGUUUGUUGAUAUUGCAGAUAUAAGCACACAAUUCCAGUCACAGCCAAAGUAAUUUUGUGUCAUUGUUGCUUCACAAAACAAAUCCAGUUCAGUUAUGUUCAGUUGGUUGGUAUUUUCUCAUCUAGUUUCAAGGAAAACAGCUGUCAAAGGCAUGAUGUGAUGAUAAGUUGGAUGUGAAUAUUAAAUCAUGCUACUGGAUGUAAAUACAAUAUACUUUGACUCAGCUGAGAGUGAGUUAUUGAUUAGAACUAGAUGGAAUGUUGUAGCUUGACAAAAAGUUAACCAAAGACUUGUGAUUUGAAAUUGCUCACGGGCAACACUGAAUGAUUCCUCCUGCUUUGCAAAUCUAUGUCUUUCCACACAUCAUGACAAUAAUGACAAGCACAAGUAGGACCAAUGAUGACAAAAUAUUUCACGAGGUCAAAAAGCAUGCCUCUGAUUUUCACACAACGGACGAUGUCUGAUCAUAACCUGCCUUCCCUCUCCUACCCAAAGACCCAAGCCUCGUCACAAUACACUAUCAAAUAUCCCUCCACUCACUUGGACUUAAAACUACAACCACAACAUAAAUAAUUUUCCUUUUAAAAUGACCUGAGGUGAACAUGUAAAUAGUCACCAGUACAUUCCACCUAUUUAUUUCAAACAAGGCCUUUUCUUUUUAUCUUUCAAUGGGCAUGCUAAGAGAAAAAAAAUAAUACUGAAAAUGCAUCUGGAAUCUCUUACCAACUGUCCCUGGUCCACAACAUUAAAUCUGUUUUUGUGUUCAAAAUGUAUGUACAAGCCACCGCAAGACAGAAAGCAACCCCUCGUUACAGAACAGCUACAGAACAGCACAUCAUCACAGACAGUCCAGACACAGAACAGACCAUUCACCUCAGCACAUCCUAAUUGUAACAA